CAUUCAUUGGAAGAAGAGCAAUGAGCAAAGCUGGGGGGCCGGGCGGUGCCGGUGGUGGCCCGACGGCAGCCGCGGCGGCGGCGGCAGCCCAGAAGCAGAAGGCUUUACUACAGCGAGUCGACGGCGACAUCGCGAACAUCGUCGACAACUUCAGCCUCCUCGUCAACGUCGCUAGGGUGAGCGAGCCGCCGGUGCGGAACUCCCAGGAAGCAUUCCAGAUGGAGAUGCGGGCGGCACGGAUGGUGCAGGCGGCGGACUCGUUAUUGAAGCUGGUGUCUGAGCUGAAGCAGACGGCAAUCUUCUCUGGUUUCGCUUCGCUCAAUGAGCAUGUUGAUAGGCGGAUCGUGGAGUUUGAGCAACAGGCUGAGAAGACGGACCGAAUGCUUGAGAGAAUUGGGGAGCAGGCGGCUGCCAGUCUCAAGGAGCUUGAGACUCAUUACUACUCCUCUGUCCUUCGGACUGGCCAUACUGAAGAACCCUGAGGGUGUACUAUUUUGAGCAAGCAAUGAUACACUCAUCUGUUGUUGGCGAUCAUCAACAACACCAUCAUGUACCAUGAGGAUUGACCGUAUUAAUUCUUAUGUUCCAUAAACACAACACUAAGAUCCUUAUUUCUUCAUAGGAUAAAUUAUCUGCCAGUGUGUUUAUGUAUUGUAUUCGAUAUAUAAUUGGCAAGGAUCAUGUUGUUUGUACACAGUGUAUGAUCUAUUUUUAGUUUAUCAAACCAGUUACAUUAUUCCCUUAGUUUGAAUCA